GCAGCUGAAGGACUCGGUGCAGUCGACAAAAACAAAUCAUUGUUGCUCAGCCACUCGGAGUCGCCCGUUAGAUAAUCCAUGUUGGAUUAGACACGAUCACUGAAAGACUCUAGCGAGGUUUCAGCUUUGUUCCCCGUGACGAAUACUCCUUCCGGUACACAAAGUUCAUAUAUUACAUCCGCGUGUGCGCGGAUGGAGUGAAAUGGAGAUUAGGCUCGAGUUUGCCGGCGACACUCCGUCGAUUUCUUCGAGUAUUCUCGACAGAAAAAUAUUCAUCGCCGACGAUAUCUCGAGAAGGAAAGGUAAACACGCGACGUGAAACGACCGCGUCUCAUACGGCUAUGUUUCAACGUGCAUUUACGUCAAGCUUUCGCGGUAUAUCAUUACUCUCUCGGCUAUGGAACGGACCUAAUGGCGUACUUGCAGGUAAACAGGCCGAGCAAAAAAUGAUAUCUAUCCUGAGAAACAGGUUUCCUCAAGCCCAACUGAUUGAGGUUACCGAUGUGUCAGGAGGAUGCGGUGCUAUGUUUGACAUAAAUGUGGUUGCUCCAGAAUUCAAAGGACUCAAUACUGUGAAGCAGCAUCGAAUUAUUAAUGAGAUACUUAAAGAAGAAAUUAAAGAUAUGCAUGGUCUUCGAAUACGUACGAGUAUUCCACAAUCGUAAAUUUUGCUAUAGAUGACUGUGUUGUUAUAUUAGUUUCAUAAGAACAAUAUUUAAUAUCAAUUUUUAGCUCGAAACUGUACAAAACCUAAAGAUCCACAUUAUGUACAUUUUUAUGUAAAAUGUAAAUUUUAAGAAAGUGCUACAAGAAAAGAAAUAAUAGAGAUCUUUGGAAUGUCUUUUGUUUUUUUUAUUAAAUGUGCGUGAUUUAUUUAUAUCGAAAUUAAGCAAUUUAAUCACGAAAAAUAUUAAAAAGAUAAUUUAAACACAUAAUGAGAAAUAAUAGGAUUCCUACUGUUAUUAUUAUUAAAAAUUUGUAAAAUGCAUUAUUGCAAUAUCUGUUAUGUAGUAUUUUUAUUAUUGAGUGUUACAUAAUUAUUAUUAUAUAUAUCGCCUAUAUAAAAUACAAAGGAAGAUAACUACACAAUUGAGAAAAUGCAUCACAAAUGAGAGCAUUAUAAAUAUGAAAAAAAAAUUGUGUCAAUUACAAAAUAAUCAAGAUAUAAUAUAAU